AUGAGUCAUAAUGGAUCAUUUGAACAAUCUUCAGAAGAUAAUAAAAAUGAGGGGAGUGACGUUUUAACAAAUUCCACACAACAUUUGGAAAAUAAUGUAAUUAACAAUUACGAUGAUGCAAAUAAAAGCGAUGAAUUAAAUUCAUCACAUAAUGUCAUGAAUGACAAGGCAAGCGUGGAAAACAAACAAGAUAAUAUGUGUAAUAAUAUCAAUGACAUAUUUUUUGAUAAACCUGAUAAUAUUAAUAAUAAUAAUAAUAAUAAUGAAAAAAAUAAUAUGAAUGAUAUAAAUAAUAUACCACAAAAUGUACCCAACGGUUUUAUAAAUAAUAUUGGAAAUAUUCCAUAUAAUAAUAUGAACGCAUUUCCUCCUAAUAUGCCCAAAUUACCAACGAAUAUGCCAUUUUUACCACCAAAUAUGCCCAUUUUACCACCACACUUGCAACACAUGCCAAACGUAUUACCACAUUUACAAAAUAUGCCAAAUGUCCCACCACAUUUAGCAAGUUUUCCAAAUAUGAUAAACUUGCCUAAUUUACCACCACAUAUGCAUAACCUUCCCCCAAAUAUGCAUAGUCUUCCACCACAUAUGCAUAAUCUUCCCCCCAAUAUGCACAGUCUUCCACCAAAUAUGAAUUACAUACCACCAGGUAUAAAUAAUUAUAUGCCAAAUAUGAUGAAUAUGCCACCUCCUUAUAUGAUGAAAAUGCCAAACAUGAAAAUGAAAAGUAAUAAAAUUAUUAACAAUGUAUCAAAUAAUGUAGCAGAUAAUGUAAGAAAUUCCAACUUAUAUAAUGAGGAGGGAAUACAACCUAAUAAUAUUCAUAAUAAUAUUCAUAAUAAUAAUAAUGAUCAUGGUGGACAAGACAUAAACUCUUCUCCUUAUUAUUUAUCACAAGGUUCAUACCUACCCAAUAAUAUAAAAAUGAAUAAUAAUGAGAUAGACCAAUUGGAGGUGAAUGGACUCUCUUUGUCAUCACCUUUUAAUGAGCAACAAAAGAAAAAAAAAGAUAUGAACAAUAAAAACAAAAAAGCAAAGAAAUAUCACGAUUUUGAAGGGGAUGAAGAAAAUUAUAAUACAAGUGAACGAGACGAAAAUUCGAUGUAUGAUUCAAAUGCAUUUUCUAUUAUAAAGGAAAAAGCUCGAAAAUGGAAAAUGCUAAAUAGUAAGAAAUAUUCCAAAAAAAAAAAGUUUGGUGUAGUAGAAGAAAAGGAAGAAAUGCCAUGUGAACAUUUAAGAAAAAUUGUUAAGGAGCAUGGUGAUAUGAGUAAUAAAAAAUAUAGAUAUGAUAAAAGAGUUUAUUUAGGUGCUCUCAAAUAUAUCCCACAUGCUGUCUUUAAAUUAUUAGAAAAUAUUCCUAUGCCAUGGGAACAAAUAAAGAAUACAAAAGUAAUUUAUCAUAUAACAGGUGCUAUAACAUUUGUAAAUGAAACAUUUGUUGUCAUCGACCCAUUAUAUAUAGCACAAUGGGGUACUAUGUGGAUAAUGAUGAGAAGAGAAAAAAGAGAUCGAAAGCAUUUUAAAAGAAUGAGAUUCCCACCAUUUGAUGACGAAGAACCACCUUUAGAUUAUGCGGAUAAUAUCCUAGAUAUUGAACCAUUAGAAUGUAUACAAAUGAAAUUAGAUAAAGAUGAAGAUAAAAGUGUUAUUGAUUGGUUUUAUGAUUCUAAGCCAUUAUUAUAUAAUAGAAAUCAUAUACCUGGUACUAGUUAUAAAAAAUACAAAUUGUCGUUAGAACAAAUGGGAGUAUUAUAUAGACUGGGAAAUCAACUAUUUAGUGAUUUCCAAGAUGAUAAUUAUUUUUACUUAUUCAAUUUAAAGUCAUUUUAUACAGCUAAAGCAUUAAAUAUGGCUAUACCAGGAGGGCCUAAAUUUGAACCCUUAUAUAGAGAUAUAUAUGAAGAUGAUGAAGACUGGAAUGAAUUUAAUGACAUAAAUAAAAUUAUUAUACGUCAGCAAAUAAGAACAGAAUAUAAAAUAGCAUUUCCAUAUUUAUAUAAUAAUAGACCAAGAAAAAUUGCAGUUAGUAAAUACCAUUCACCAAUGUGUGUAUAUAUAAAAUUAGAAGAUAUUGAUUUGCCACCAUUUUAUUUUGAUUUAAUUAUAAAUCCUAUACCAUCCUAUAAAAUUAGAAAGUUUAAUAAAUCUUCUGAAAAGAAAGACAGUGAACUAUUUGAUGACGAUUUUUAUUUAACAUAUACAAGAAAGGAAAUUUAUUAUUAUGAUCAUGGUGAUGACGACAAAAAAAAGAAAUCAACCUCCAAGAGUAGGAAACAUUCCAAACAUUCUGAUGCUGAUGAUAAUCGAUAUGAUAAAGGGUAUCGAAAAUACAGGAAAAGUUCGUCAUCUUAUAAAAGUUUUAAAAGAGAUAAGAGAAAAAGCACAAAUUCAAGUAAUGAUAAAGAUAUUGACGAAGAGGACUAUAAUUCUGGUGUAAGUAGCAUUGACAAUAAUGAUAAUAGUGAUACGUAUAUAUCCAGUAGUAAAUAUAACUCGAACAAUAUGAGUAGUCGGACAAGCAAAAAUAAAGAUGAAACGUAUGAAAUUGAUAGUACUGUGGAAAAUGAUUCACAUGAUGGUAGUUUAAAAAAAGAAAAAAAUAAAAAAAAAAGAAAAAAUCCGUACAACGAUGAUAAUUACAAAGGUGAUGAUAAAAACAAAAGUGAUGAUGAUGAUAAUUACAAAGGUGAUGAUAAUAAUGACAAUAAUAAUAAGUACAAAAGUGAUAAUAUUAGUUCCUGCAAAAAAAAUAAAAAAAUGAUUAUUAAACAUGUGGAAUAUGGAAUUCUCCCAUUGUUACACAAUUAUCCUUUAUACACAGAACGUACUAUAAACGGUAUACAAUUAUAUCAUGCUCCUUAUCCAUUUAAUAAGAAAUGCGGAUAUACCAGAAGAGGUAUCGAUAUUCCUUUAGUACAGUCAUGGUUCAAAGAACAUAUAUCAACAAAAUAUCCUGUAAAGGUUAGAGUCUCUUAUCAGAAACUUUUAAAAUGUUGGGUUUUGAAUCAUUUACAUUCUAAAAGACCAAAAAGUAUGAAAAAGAAAUAUUUAUUUCGUAUAUUUAAAAGUACGAAAUUUUUUCAAUGUACAGAAAUGGAUUGGGUGGAAGUUGGGUUACAAGUAUGUCGACAAGGUUAUAAUAUGUUAAAUUUAUUAAUACAUCGUAAGAAUUUAAAUUAUUUACACCUAGAUUAUAAUUUUAAUUUAAAACCUGUAAAAACAUUAACAACCAAAGAAAGGAAAAAAUCUCGAUUUGGUAAUGCAUUUCAUUUGUGUAGAGAAAUAUUAAGAUUAACGAAAUCAAUUGUUGAUUCGCAUGUACAAUACCGAUUAGGUAAUAUAGAUGCAUAUCAGCUAGCUGAUGGUAUUCAAUAUAUUUUUGCUCACGUUGGGCAAUUGACUGGUAUGUAUCGAUAUAAAUAUAGGUUGAUGAGACAAGUACGUAUGUGUAAAGAUUUAAAACAUUUAAUAUAUUAUCGAUUUAAUACUGGAUCUGUUGGUAAAGGUCCUGGUUGUGGUUUAUGGGCUCCUUUAUGGAGAGUGUGGAUUUUUUUCUUAAGAGGUGUUAUCCCACUAUUAGAAAGGUGGUUAAGUAAUUUAUUAGCUAGACAGUUUGAAGGAAGAGUAUCGAAAGGUAUAGCAAAAACGGUUACUAAGCAAAGAGUCGAAAGUCAUUUCGAUUUAGAAUUGAGAGCAGCUGUUAUGCAUGACAUUAUAGAUAUGAUACCAGAAGGAUUAAAGAAUAAUAAAGGUAAAGCUAGAUUAAUAUUACAACAUUUAAGUGAGGCAUGGAGGUGUUGGAAAGCGAACAUACCAUGGAAAGUGGUAGGGCUUCCAUUACCUGUGGAAAAUAUAAUAAUUAGAUAUAUAAAAUUAAAAGCAGAUUGGUGGGUUAAUGCAACGUAUUAUAAUAGAGAAAGAAUAAAAAGAGGGGCGACCGUAGAUAAGACUGUAUGUAAAAAGAAUUUAGGUAGAUUAACUAGAUUAUGGCUUAAAGCAGAACAAGAAAGGCAACAUGAAUAUUUAAAAGAUGGGCCUUAUGUAAGUGGAGAAGAAGCAGUAGCAUUAUAUACAACAGCUAUACAUUGGUUUGAAUCAAGAAAAUUUACACAUAUACCUUUUCCUCCUUUAAAUUAUAAACAUGAUACGAAACUACUAAUUUUAGCUUUAGAAAAAUUAAAAGAAACCUUUACUGUAAAGAAUAGAUUAAAUCAAUCACAAAGAGAAGAAUUGGGUUUUAUUGAACAGGCAUAUGAUAAUCCAUAUGAAACAUUAUCAAGAAUAAAGAGACAUUUAUUAACACAACGAGCUUUUAAAGAAAUAUCUAUAUCCUUUUUAGAUUUGUACACGCAUUUAGUACCUGUAUAUGAAGUAGACCCUUUAGAAAAAAUAACAGAUGCAUAUUUAGAUCAGUAUUUAUGGUAUGAAGGUGAUUUAAGAAAUUUAUUUCCGAAUUGGGUUAAACCAUCAGAUAAUGAGCCACAACCAUUAUUAGUAUAUAAAAUGUGUCAAGGUAUCAAUAAUUUACAUAAUAUAUGGGACACGAAGAACAAUGAAUGUGUAGUUAUGCUUCAAACUCAAUUUAGUAAAAUUUAUGAAAAAAUUGAUUUAACUUUAUUGAAUAGGUUAUUAAGAUUAAUAGUAGAUCACAACAUAGCAGAUUAUAUAACAGCAAAGAAUAAUACUAAUAUAACAUUUAAAGAUAUGAAUCAUAUAAAUUCGUUUGGUAUAAUACGUGGUUUGCAAUUUUCGUCAUUUGUAUUUCAGUAUUAUACCAUAAUAAUAGAUUUGUUAAUAUUGGGUUUAACAAGAGCAUAUGAUAUAGCAGGUCCUUAUAAUGACGUGAAUCAAUUUUUAACAUUUCAGAAUGUGCAGAUAGAAACCAGACACCCGAUUAGGUUGUAUUGUAGAUAUGUGGAUAAGAUAUGGAUAUUGUUUAAAUUUACCAAUGAAGAAUCUAAAGAUUUAAUACAGAAAUUUUUGACAGAAAACCCAGAUCCAAAUAAUGAAAAUAUAGUUGGAUAUAAUAACAAAACAUGUUGGCCUAGGGAUUGUCGUAUGAGGAAAAUGAAGCAUGACGUUAAUUUGGGAAGAGCUACCUUUUGGGAAAUACAAAACCGUAUUCCAAGAUCGUUGACAUCCUUAGAUUGGGAUCAUUAUAAUACAUUUGUGAGUGUGUAUUCGAAAGAUAACCCUAAUUUGUUAUUUUCCAUAGCUGGUUUUGAGGUUCGUAUAUUACCGAAAAUACGUCAGCUAAGUUAUGGUUACAAUGGCAUAAUGUAUACGUCAUAUAUGAAUGAGUACCCCCGAGGCGUGGGUACCAAAGAUGAAACGAGUAAGAAGAAUGGAUUGCUCCAUGACGAUGAGAAGAGCAAAAAGGUAGGUUCAUUGAAGGAUGAGGUAACAAAGGGUAAGUCUCAUGUGGACAAAAAUGAAGAGAACAGUGAUAAUAACAAAAAUGACAACAAAAAUGACAGUACGCAUGCCAAUACGCAUGAUAUGGUUGGUGAUAAUAAUUACGAUGGUGGGGUGAAGAACAAUUUUUAUAAUUCCAGUGGAGGUGAAAAGAACGUAGUUGUUUCGUCAAGUGUUAAGGAGGGUACGUGGAAGUUACAGAACGAAAUGACUAAAGAAAUAACAGCAGAAGCUUAUUUAAAAGUUUCUGACAACAGCAUGAAAAGAUUCGAAAAUCGUGUACGUCAAAUAUUAAUGUCUUCUGGUAGUACAACCUUUACUAAGAUAGCAAACAAGUGGAAUACUACGUUGAUUGGUUUGAUGACAUAUUUUAGAGAGGCUGUUUUAGAUACUGAGGAGUUAUUAGAUUUAUUAGUAAAAUGUGAGAAUAAGAUACAGACACGUAUUAAGAUUGGAUUAAAUUCAAAGAUGCCAUCUCGUUUUCCGCCUGUUGUUUUUUAUACUCCUAAAGAAUUAGGAGGGUUGGGUAUGUUAUCCAUGGGUCACAUUUUAAUACCAGAAUCUGAUUUACGAUAUAUGAAACAAACCGAUAAUGGUAGAAUAACACAUUUCAGAUCAGGUUUGUCACAUGAAGAAGAUCAAUUAAUACCCAAUUUGUAUAGAUACAUAUCUACAUGGGAAAGUGAAUUUUUAGAAAGUCAACGAGUUUGGUGUGAAUAUGCUUUAAAAAGAAAUGAAUGUCAUAAUCAGAAUAAGAAAAUAACAUUAGAAGAUUUAGAAGAUUCAUGGGAUAAAGGUAUACCAAGAAUAAAUACAUUAUUUCAAAAAGAUAGGCAUACUUUAGCAUAUGAUAAAGGAUGGCGAAUAAGACAAUUAUUUAAACAGUAUCAAAUUAUUAAGAGUAAUCCGUUUUGGUGGACUAAUCAAAGACAUGAUGGAAAAUUAUGGAAUUUAAAUAAUUAUAGAACGGAUAUGAUACAAGCAUUAGGAGGUGUGGAAGGUAUAUUGGAACAUACAUUAUUUAAAGGAACAUUUUUUCCAACAUGGGAAGGAUUAUUUUGGGAAAAAGCUAGUGGUUUUGAAGAAUCAAUGAAAUAUAAGAAAUUAACCAAUGCACAAAGAAGUGGAUUAAAUCAAAUACCUAAUAGACGAUUUACAUUAUGGUGGUCCCCAACAAUAAAUAGAGCAAAUGUAUAUGUAGGUUUUCAAGUACAGUUAGAUUUGACAGGUAUAUUUAUGCAUGGAAAAAUACCAACUUUAAAAAUAUCCUUAAUACAAAUAUUCCGUGCACAUUUGUGGCAAAAAAUACAUGAGUCUUUAGUAAUGGAUAUAUGUCAAGUGUUUGAUUUAAAUUGUGAUUUGUUAGAUAUAGAGACGGUACAAAAAGAGACCAUACAUCCAAGAAAAUCGUAUAAAAUGAAUAGUUCAUGUGCUGACAUAUUAUUAUUUGCAAAUUACAAAUGGGGAAUAUCUAAGCCGUCUUUAUUAACAGAUGAGGAUCAUAUAUUUACAAAUAAUACAUUAGGUUCAACAAGUGGUACUAAUAAUAACAUUAUGCUUAACAGUAAUAUGAUUAAUAGUGGUAGUAAUAAUAGUAGUAGUAACAAUAUGAAUUCUGUAUCGUUUGGUUCUUUUCCUUAUACAUCUAAUCAAUUUUGGAUUGAUAUACAAUUAAGAUGGGGUGAUUUCGAUUCUCAUGAUAUUGAAAGAUAUAGUAGAGCAAAAUUUUUAGAUUACACAACUGACAAUUUGUCUAUAUAUCCAUGUUUAACUGGUGUUUUAAUAGGUGUUGAUUUAGCAUAUAAUUUAUAUUCAGCAUAUGGAAAUUGGUUUAAUAAUUUAAAACCGUUAAUGCAAAAAGCUUUACAAAAAAUUGUUCAAUCGAAUCCUUCUUUGUAUGUAUUAAGAGAAAGAAUUAGAAAAGGGUUACAGUUAUAUUCAUCUGAACCAACGGAACCAUAUUUGAAUACACAGAAUUAUAAUGAAUUAUUUUCAUCACAAACUAUAUGGUUUGUGGAUGAUACUAAUGUAUAUCGUGUUACAAUACAUAAAACAUUUGAAGGGAAUUUAACAACGAAGCCAAUUAAUGGUGCGAUCUUUAUAUUAAAUCCUAAAACAGGUCAAUUGUUUUUAAAAAUAAUUCAUACAUCUGUUUGGAUAGGACAGAAGCGUUUAUCUCAGCUAGCUAAAUGGAAAACAGCAGAAGAAGUGGCAUCAUUAAUUAGAUCAUUGCCUAUAGAAGAACAGCCAAAGCAAAUUAUAGUAACACGAAAAGGUAUGUUAGAUCCGUUAGAAGUGCAUUUAUUAGAUUUCCCAAAUAUUAUAAUCAAAGGAACUGAAUUAAAUUUACCAUUCCAAGCAUUAUUGAAAUUGAAUAAAAUAGGAGAUUUAAUAUUAAAAGCAACACAGCCACAGAUGUUAUUAUUUAAUUUAUAUGAUGAUUGGUUAAAUAGUAUAUCUUCAUUUACGGCCUUUAGUAGAUUAAUAUUAAUAUUAAGAAGUUUACAUAUAAAUCCACAACAAACGAAAAUAUUAUUACAGCCAAAUAAAAACAUCGUAACAACACAACCACAUCAUAUAUGGCCUUCGUUUAAUAAUAACCAGUGGAUACAUUUAGAGGUACAAUUAAAAGAUUUAAUAUUGAAUGAUUAUUCGAAACGAAACAAUGUACACAUAGCUUCAUUAACACAGAAUGAAAUAAGAGAUAUUUUAUUAGGUAUGGAAAUAACACCUCCAUCGAUACAAAGACAGCAAAUAGCUGAAUUGGAAAAGAAUAAUUUGGAUUUAAUGGAACAACAGAUGAAAGUAACAACAUCAAAAACGACAACAAAACAUGGAAAUGAAAUUAUUGUAUCAACAUUAUCACCACAUGAACAGCAAACGUUUACAACAAAAACGGAUUGGAAAAUAAGAUAUUUAGCAAAUAAUUCUUUAUUAUUUAGAACCAAGAAUAUAUAUGUGAAUAAUAAUAAUAUGAGCAAUAUGAGCAAUAUUAAUACUAUUAGUGCUAGUGCUAGUAGUCAUAAUAUUUUAAAUAAAAAUGGAACCAAUUCAGACAAUCAAAACAGCCAUUAUCAUACAAGUAUUAAUUCUAUUAAUGAUUAUACAUAUGUAAUAGCCAAAAAUUUAUUGGAAAAAUUUAUAUGCAUAUCAGAUUUAAAAAUACAAGUAGGAGGAUUUUUGUUUGGAUCAUCCCCUGAAGAUAACUCCUACGUGAAAGAAAUUAAGUGUAUACUUAUCCCUCCACAAAUAGGUAAUUACCAAUCAGUCACAUUAUCAAGUUAUAUGCCAUCUAGUAAAUAUUUACAAAAUUUAGAGUUAUUAGGAUGGAUACAUACACAGACAACCAAUUGUUCGAAUACCAAUAAUCAUUUGACAGCAUAUGAUAUGGUAGCACAUUUCAACUUUUUACAAGAAUGUAAGAGACAAAUGUCAAAAGGGAAAAAGGUUGCUGAUGCGAGUCACAAUGAUGAUGAUGUUGAUGAUUAUGACGAUGAUGAUUAUAAUAAUAAUGAAGAUGAUUAUAAUAAUAAUAAUGAAGAUGAUAAUAUUAAUAAUAAUAGUGAAGGUGGUACAAAACGUGACGAAACAUACAAAAUGUGGGAUAAAAAUAAAACUAUAAUACUUACAUGCUCAUUUACUCCUGGUAGCUGUACUAUCAAUGCAUAUAAAUUAACGAGUGAUGGAUAUUCUUUUGCUAAAAGUAAAAAGAAUUCAUCUGAUUUAUAUGUGUUCCCAAAUGUAAAUAAUUUAUAUGAACCAGUACAAAUAUUAUUAUCAAAUGUUUUUGUUGGAUACUUUUUAAUACCAGAUGAUCAUAUAUGGAAUUAUAAUUUAAUGGGAAUCAAAUUUAAUAAUAAUCAAAAAUAUGCACCACAUCUUGAUAUACCACAACCAUUUUAUGCAGAUAUACAUAGACCAAAUCACUUUCUGCAAUUUUCUUUGCUUGACCAAAGAGACGCAGACGAAGCUGACGUCGAAACGUCCUUUAUAUGA